AUUUUGAGAAAAAAAAAUAAAGAGCACACGUAAUGACUCGUGGGCAGUUUAGAAAUUGUCUGCAUCUUGAAAAUAUAUAAGAAGUCAAAAAGAAAGCGAUCUCCUCCGAGAAGACUCUGCUAUUCUCACUUUUUUUUUCCUUUUUCUUCCGCACCGAGAAAAAUCUACUUCAUCCCCCUCGCGUGAAAAAAGAACUUUCAAAAUAAUUUAUCAGGUCAUUUCUGUUUGUUAUUUUUUUUCUUGCUGGAAUCUUGCUUUGAACGUUGAGAUCUCUAAAAUUCAGGGUUUAGGCAUUAGACAUGGAUGAUGAAAUCUCUGCCAAAGAAAAACAGAGCAUCUCCGACAGGAUAAGCAACUUACCUGAUUCGUUGCUAUGUAAAAUACUCUCUAACCUCUCCACGGAGGAAUCUGUCUGUACCAGUGUGUUGUCAAAACGUUGGAGAAAUCUCUGGCCACAUGUUCCUGCUCUGGAUUUAGAUUCCAAUAAAUUCUCAGACGAUGAUGUUUUUGUGGGUUUCAUUGAUAAGUUUCUGUGUUCCGACAGUGAGCAACACUUGAAGAGAUUCAAGUUGAUCUACCAGGUUUAUGACCAUGAUGCAUCUCGUUUCAAGUCUUGGAUCGAUGCUGUUGUAAGGCGUAGAGUUUGUCAUCUUAAUCUUCAUAAUGAGGUUGAUGAGGACGAGUUAGUUAAGAUGCCUUUAUCUCUCUAUUCAUGUGAGACAUUGGUGAACAUACAUCUCUACCGCGUAUUCUUGGAUCAUCCUGAAUCUGUUUCGUUGCCAUGUGUCAAGAUUAUGCAUCUAGAGAUGGUCAAGUACGAUGGUGAUUCGACUCUGGAAACUCUGAUAUCAAGUUGUCAUGUUCUCGAGGAGUUAACCAUAGCCCGUGAUCCCAAUGAUUCUCUUGAAGCUGUGUGUGUGCGUUCCCAUUCGCUAACGAGAUUCAAAAUAGAAUGUGAGCGUUGGGAAAGUGAAGGUCAUGUUGUUGCAAUUGAUGCUCCAAGACUCCAGUCUAUGACACUUAGUGAUCACCGAUCUGACAGCUUCGUAAUACACAACAUUGGUCCCUAUGCAAAGGUAGACAUUGAUGUUAUCUUUAAUGUGGAAUAUUGUGAGCCACUGGAACCAGAUGAUUCGUCCAAGAUAUCUAUGCUUGGUAAAUUUCUUACCGGGUUAUCUACAGUAAGCGAGAUGAUCAUCUCUGCUGCUACUCUAGAGGUUAUUCAUGAUUUCUGCAAAAUGGAACAGCUACCUCAGUUCCCUAACUUGGCUCGCUUGCAUGCUUCCUUCCAAGAAACAUCGUGGGAAAUGUUACCAACAUUCCUUCAGAGCUGCCCAAAUGUACACUCGACCGUCUUGGAAUUUGAUUGUCUUCCAGAAACAGAGCAGGUUGAUCUUUCAACAGUGCCACAAUGUUUCCAAUCAUCUCUUGAGUUUGUUCAUCUGAAGACACCUUACGUUGUAAACAUACAAAAGGAAGGUACACCACUCACGGGAACAUCAAGUAAGAUGAAAUUAGCAAAAUACUUUCUAGAGAAUGGUUCAUCUCUCAAGAAACUGACACUAAGUGCGAGUUUCUGUAACAUCAUCAACGAAAUCAAAUUGAUCCCGAGAAGAUCUAUGAGGUGUCAAGUUGUCAUGGAUUAGGAGAGCCAGCUUUCAAGGCCGUAUCUGAUAAUAUCUUUUUUUGUAUGCAAUGGCAUUAAAAUUAAGGUUUGUUUCCAGCCAUUAGGCCAACCAAUAAUCCUGAGGAAACAUUUUGAGCUAUUUGGUACCUCUUUGUGUUCUCAGGUUUUUUCUUUUGUAAUUCAAGAAAACAUGUUUUUUUUUUCAAGAAUAAGCUGUCAGGAGUCCCUAGAUACUCACAGACGAUGACUGUUGAGGUGUUACAUAAACGGUACUUAAUCUGCAUUUCUAAUUUAUUUACUUUACGUUUAUCACUCGCUUAACUUAUCAAUUAUCAAAGAAAAUAUUGAAAAGCAUAUACAUUAUCAUAAAAGUCUAAGGAAAGUAAGCUAGUUGUGUAGGAAAAAAAUAAUAUAAGGAACCAAGUAAGCGAAAACAGACUCAGAAAGGAAUAAAAGCAGAAGAUAAGAAAGCAAGUAAACAUGCACCAAAGGAAAAAAAAAAACAAGCAAGCAAGCAAGACAUAUCAAUAAA